CAUCGGGCAAUUUGAACCCGGUUUGGCUCCAAUCCGGGUCGAGCCGCACGCCAUCAGGCGGUGCUCCUCCAUACGGUCAUCAAAUUUGUCGUCAGUGUUUGCCACCGCCCGUACGCUUCGGAAUUCUAGGUUCGGUCCUUUGUAGUCAUCCCUCAGCACUGCAGGCGGCGUUUUCCUUGCAUAUUCCUCUCUUGGGCAUUCUCACAAACGCCUUCUCUGCUUGUUUUGGUUUUCGAGCGAUUGCUUUUUUGGGCUUGAUUGGUAUCUGCAAUACUCGGAGUUCUGAUAGAUAUAUUUCAUUCGGAGGAUUUCUUAUUAUUACCUUCUCUGCUAUAUUCUUCUUCUCCUCCUCCUAACUGCCGAGCUCGGGGGCGAAAAUGAAGGCCAUGCAGCAGUAUAGCCCUUUUCAUGGGCCAAAGCUUGGCGUUUGCGAUGGAAGAGCGACGAAGCAACAAAACCCUUGUUCAGAAAUUCGUGGUUUCAAGAAAAUGGAUGAGGUUAAGAAUUCCUGUUUAGCCUCCAACCGUGAAAAGUCGUUCUCUUUGCCGGUGAUUGGAUGCCAAAGGCGAAAAUUUCCGAUGGUUAAUUGCCAGUCUAAUGAAAGAUUGGGCCAAGUUAAUGGGCAUCCUGCGGGGAAAGCUAAGGAGGAAACCUUGUCUGGUUUUAGUGACUCGAUUCUGCAUCCUGGGAGUGUCGGUAGAGAACUUACUUCUCUUGUUAUACCAGCAGUCAUGGCACAAGCUCUUGAUCCGUUUGCUCAGCUGGUGGAAACAGCAUAUAUUGGCCGAUUAGGUCCAUUGGAGUUGGCUUCAUCUGGUGUUUCGGUUUCUGUCUUCAACAUUAUAUCAAAGCUCUUCAAUAUUCCUCUCUUAAGUAUUACAACUUCAUUUGUAUCUGAAGACAUUUCAAAAAAUGCUAGCAAACAGUUUGAAUCAGAUAAGGGCUUCAAAGUAGAAAGUUCUGAGCAUAAACAGGUUUCUAGUAAGACCACGGUGAAACUGGAAUUGCCGUCAGUGUCCACUGCUCUACUCUUAUCUGUGAUAAUCGGUAGCACAGAGGCGUUAGCUUUGUUUUUUGGAGCUGGAUUUUUCCUCAACAUGAUGGGAAUAUCACCUGCUUCGCCUAUGCGCAGUCCAUCACAGCAAUUUCUUUGCUUGAGAGCUUUUGGGGCUCCUGCAGUUGUUGUUUCUUUGGCAGUGCAAGGUGUCUUCCGUGGUUUCAAGGACAUGAAGACCCCUCUGUUUUGUGUAGGAGUGGGUAAUGUUUCAACCGUGGUUUUACUACCUCUGCUUGCAUAUGCUUUUAACAUGGGCAUAACAGGUGCUGCUAUUGCCACUGUUGCAUCUCAGUAUAUCACUGCUGUGUUACUCAUUUGGUCUCUCAGUAAAAGUGCUGAUAUAUUUCCUCCUAAGCUAAAGGACUUACAGCUUGGUGGAUACAUAAAAUAUGGGGGGUUACUGCUCGGGAGAACAUUAGCUGUACUUAUAACUAUGACAAUAGGCACGUCCAUGGCUGCUCGACUUGGGCCAUUGCCUAUGGCUGGUCAUCAGAUAUGCUUGCAAGUGUGGAUGGCUGUAUCUCUCCUUUCGGAUGCAUUGGCUGUUUCUGCCCAGGCACUGAUUGCAAGUUCUUUUGCAAAAUCGGAAUACAAAAGAGUGAAAGAGGUUACAUACACUGUCUUAAAGACAGGGAUGUUUGCUGGUAUUUCCUUAGCUGUAGUUUUGGGUGUAUCCUUUGGUAAUAUUGCUGAAUUAUUCACCAAAGAUGUACAAGUGCUGCAAAUUGUUAAAUCUGGUCUUCUGUUUGUUAGUGCCAGUCAACCAAUAAAUGCGCUUGCCUUCAUUUUUGAUGGCCUCCAUUAUGGUGUUUCAGAUUUCUCCUACGCAGCUUUUGCUAUGAUGAUAUCAGGAGCUAUAUCUUCUGUAGUUUUGUUGUCUGCUCCGCCCUUUUUUGGUCUUCCGGGAGUUUGGUUUGGCUUAACCCUUUUCAUGGUUUUACGCACUGUUGCAGGAUUCCUAAGAUUAAAUUGGAAAACAGGUCCAUGGUGGUUCUUGCAGCUUGAUGCUCAGAUCUUUGAGUCUCAAUUGCUAGAGUCUUCAGAUUCAAGCUUGCCUGUGGAAGCAGAUCAAAUGCAGAGGGAUUACACACACUCCACAGAAUGAUACUUUUUUGCUUCUGGCUUCAAAAUUUAACCAAGUAUGCUUACUAUUUUACACUUUCACCAAAUAGAGCCUUAAAGUUCAGAUAUCGUGAUGUUAGUCGGAGAAAAAUAUGGAAUUUCUCUAUCAUCUCUAACUUUAGAUAUAACAUUCGGCAAUUUUCUUCUCGUAUAGAUCUCUCAUGUACAUAUUGUUGAAUUGACUCAGAUAAAGCCAGAUGGAAGUUAGCAAGCCCAUCAGUUUGUAAAAUUUCCUUCCAGUUCGAACAUUUUGCUUCAGGCACAUAAGCUUUGCCCGUACUGCUUGUCGCAUAUUUUACAAUGUUAUAUAUAUUUUGAGAUCAAAGCUGCUGAAAGAAAUGCAUUUCUAUAUUGUUAUUCAAAA